UCAUAUGACUCUGGUCCGCUUCGGCCGCCCAGUCGAAGUGCGCGCGCGUCGGGGACAUGGAGGGACUCCGAGUGGCCGCGGCUCUGCUGCUUCUGCUCUUCGGCGACUCAGCGUCCGCGAGAGCAGCGCCACCCAGCGAGGCGUGGGGUUACGUGGAUAUCCGCCAGGGGGCGCACAUGUUCUGGUGGCUCUACUACGCCAAUGGCUCCGCGGGAAGUUACAAGGAGCUGCCCCUCGUCAUGUGGCUGCAGGGUGGCCCCGGAGGUUCCAGCUGCGGUUUCGGGAACUUCGAGGAAAUCGGACCCUUGGACAGAGACCUGAAGCCCAGAAACACUACCUGGGUCCAGGCGGCCAGCGUCCUGUUCGUGGACAACCCUGUCGGCACCGGGUUCAGCUACACGGACACGGAGGAGGCCCUCGCCAGAGACGUGGCCACGGUGGCUGCUGAUAUGAUGGUCCUGCUCAGCAACUUCUUCGGUUCCAAGACAGAAUUCCAGGGCACUCCUUUUUACAUAUUCUCAGAGUCGUACGGAGGGAAAAUGGCUGCUGCCAUCGCAAUGGAGCUCACCGAGGCAGUGUCACAGGGAAAGAUCAAGUGCAACUUUGCUGGGGUGGCUCUGGGAGACUCCUGGAUCUCUCCUUUAGAUUCUGUCCUUACUUGGGGGCCAUACCUUUAUAGCACCUCACUUUUGGAUGACAAUGGCCUGGGUGAGGUCACCAUGGCCGCCAAAGCUGUGCAGCAGGCUGUGAACGAGGGCAACUUCCAAAAGGCAACUGAACUGUGGUCAGACACAGAGAGUGUGGUGAAGCAGAACACCAAUGGAGUCAAUUUCUAUAACAUCCUCACCCAAGAUUCUGAUGACAAAGUAACAAGCGUAGAAGGAGCGGGACACCUUGCCCUCCUGACACACCGCCAUAUCCGGCCUCUGCAUCGGCAGUCGCUCGAUCGACUGAUGAACGGCCCAAUCCGAAAGAAGCUGGGCAUCAUCCCUCAGAACGUCACGUGGGGAGGUCAAGCUUAUGAAGUUUUCAGCAGCAUGGAGGGAGAUUUCAUGAAACCUGUGAUAGACAUAGUGGACCAACUGCUAGCAGCAGGAGUCAAUGUCACUGUCUACAAUGGGCAGCUGGACCUGAUUGUAGACACAAUAGGUCAGGAGCUAUGGGUGAAGAAGCUGAAGUGGGCUGGUCUGCCUCAUUUCAACCUUCUGAAGUGGAUGCCUCUGGAUGACCCUGCUAACCCAGGACAGACGGGGGCCUUCUACAAGAUCUACGAGAACUUUACAUUCUACUGGAUCCUUAGGGCUGGUCACAUGAUACCAGCAGAUCAGGGGAGUAUGGCUCUGAAGAUGCUCCGCAUGGUGACACAACAGAAGUGACCUCACCAGCAUAUCACCCUCACGACACAAAUUCCAGCUGUGACAAUCUAACAAAAUCACCAAAGUGUUCUCUCACUGUUUGUGUUUCCACUGCAACUGAUUAUUUUGAUUACUUUGCUUUACUUUUUUGGAGAGCAAUAAUUUUUUUUUCCUAAGGCUGGAGACAUGUCUUUUAAUGCCUCUCUGUAUAAUGCUCAAAAACAGAUUCAUCAGGGCCUCCUCAUGGAAAAAGCUCAAAGUUAGAAACAGCCUAUAUUCAAGAACUUUAGAUAUGAGUAAGUUCAAGUACUACAGUGUGAGCCUUCACAAAGAGGGGAUAAAACAAUUUUUGCUGAAGACAUAACAUUAAGGAUCCCUGCUUUUUUUUUUUUUUUUUUUUUUUAAAAACUAUUACAAAAGGAUAAUGCACUUCUAUGCAUUCUGCCAUUUUCUCCCAGUUUGGCCAUGGCCAGUAGCCAAAUUUUUAUGUCUUGUAUUUGAACUGCAACCCACAUAUGCACUGAGGAGGAAUAAACAUAACACACAUCUCCUUGAUACACAUGCUGUAAGCCACCUGGUUCUUUUUAUUUUGUAGGCUACAGGCCUCACUGAGUUACAAACUUACCAGCAACAUGUCUUUAGAACUGUGGGAGUGCAACGUGAGUACCCACACUCAACCAGUCCAAAGAUGAGAAGAAUAUGCAAACUCCUUAAAGAUGGGGCCAGGUUCAUAUCCAUGCCUGAACAUAUGGCCUACCCAUUGUGAGGCACUUAGGCUAUUCCUGCACCAAUAACUAUCUUCAGGCAAGUUUGUUUAAGCACCUUGUUCAGUACUGGGGGCAACAGUCUCCAAAGUAGAAAAUGAACUUUUCACUUGCAGGUUUAACAGUCUUAUGAACUCUGUGCCAGUAAAGCAGAGGUAGGUAGGAAUGAGUUUCAUUUACUCUGUUACUUAAGGAAAUUUUUGGAGGAGUUAUACUUCUUAGAGCAGUUUUUGCCACUAAUACUUUUUGACCAGACGAGAAGCUUUGUCAUUUCAACUAUAUACAGCUGGUACAGUACACAUUGGAAACAAAACAACGUUCCUCCAGAACCAUGGUGCUACAUAAAACAGUUACCUACACAGACUGCAUAAAGUGCACAGGUGCAAGACUUGUAGAAUUUUUCAUUUUAUUCCAGUACACAGUCCAAAAAUAAGUGUUUCAGGCAAACCGAUGAUUUAGAAUUGCCACUCCAAUGGAGUUUAGUGCAGUGUAUUAAGCACCGAAAGUCAUUUUGGAUAAAGCUGUCAGGUAAACACUACCUGUAUUAAUAAUUCAUGUACAUCCCUUUGGAGAAAAAUGUGUGCUAAGUAUACCUGCCCGAACAUAAACUAGCUCCCUGUUGUCGGCAGGCCACACAUCGCACAUCAAAAGUACCACAACCCAGCAACUGCACAGUAAGAGUUAUGGUCUGGCACCAACGUGUUCCUAGCAUGCUAAUAAUAAGUUAAAGGUUUCAAAAGAACUUCAAAAUCUUUUUGCAAUUUUUGUAUUGUUCUCUGCUGUGUACGUUACUUUGGGUAAAGCACCUGCCACAUGAAUAAAUGUAAAGAUUUAUAGUUAAAACAAAGACUCAUUGCAUUGAGACAGUAUUUGUGUAAGAUUUCAUUUUACUUGUAACUGUCACUGAAGAGUUGGAGUUGAAUAUCUCAUUUUAAAAGUUUCAAAAAGUCUCCAAAGAUAUGUUAACAUUGUAAUGGCACUGAGGUGGUGUGGAUUAAUGUAAAUAAUUGGUACUAGUGUCUAUUCCUGUGUGUCUUUCUCAUUGAGCAUCACUAAUGUUACAGCCAGUCUGUAACUGAGGAAUUUCCAAGGGGUGACCCUCCUAACCAUUGUGCGGAGUAGGAAUGAUCUGGGGGAACUCAAGUGUUCAGCAGACCAUCAAGUACUGUCUGUGGUGUCUUUGUCAAGGCUGUUAUUAAAAAGACAUGUACAUGUUCAAUAAAGAGCACUUUUCCAAAA